AUGGCAUCCACGGGCGUCGCUGAGGAGGCACUCGCUGCACCCGCUGUGUCGAGCAGCAUUGAGCUUGGCAAUGGUAGCACCGCUAUUGACAACAAGCUGGUCGAGUCGGUUGCUGCUAUGGACGUGGCGGGUACGCCGAAAGAGGGAGUCGAUCAGGCAGCUGUCGUCCCUCCGCAUCGCUCCCACGAUCCGGACUUCAACCAGAAGCGGGCAGACCCGUUCCAGUUUGGAUCGCGGUACCUGAAUGAGGAUGACGACCCUUAUGAGUUCAAUGCGUGGGAUCAUGUCGAGACCGACGACGUGUACAAGGAGUACGCGGAGCAGCAGUAUGCUCUGCAACGCCAGUCGCCGGUCUCGGAUUUUGAUAAACACAGGUUCAACUCCGACCCCGCUAAAUGGUGGAAUCAGUUCUACAAGAACAACACAGCCAACUUCUUCAAGGAUAGGAAGUGGCUGCAGCAGGAGUUCCCCAUUCUGACAAAGGCGAUCCAAGAGGACACUGGUCCCUUUGUACUUCUAGAAAUUGGUGCCGGGGCUGGCAACACUGCUUUCCCUAUUUUGGCACAGAACAAGAACCCCAAACUCAAAAUCCACGCGUGUGACUUCUCCAAGAAGGCUGUCGAGGUGAUGCGCUCGCACGAGAGCUAUGGAUCGGACCAGAUGCAGGCCGAUGUCUGGGAUGUGUCGGGCGACGAGCUGCCGCCCGGUCUUGUCGAGGGCAGCGUCGACGUGGCGCUCAUGGUGUUCAUCUUUUCGGCGCUUUCGCCGGCCCAGUGGGCCAAAGCUGUCGCAAAUGUUCACAGGAUUCUCAAGCCCGGUGGUGUUGUCUGCUUCCGUGAUUAUGGCAGGGGUGACCUUGCCCAAGUCCGCUUCCGGAAGGGCCGAUACCUAGAAGAGAACUUCUACAUUAGGGGUGAUGGUACCCGCGUCUACUUUUUUGAGACGGACGAGUUGGCGUCCAUCUGGAAGACAGGGGGGCCUCCACCAGCGGCAGACGCUGCAGACCAGCCAAGUAAGCCGGAUCUUUUUGAAAUAGAGGCUCUGGGAGCCGACCGAAGACUUUUGGUCAAUCGAGCCCGGAAGCUCAAGAUGUAUAGAUGCUGGCUGCAAGGGCGGUUCAGAAAGCUGUGA